AUGGCCCAAAUGGUCGUUAUCUUCCUUUUUUUCAUUACUCUAUCAAAUGCUGCAUUAAUACCUCAUCCACAUCGUUUACAUCAGUUAAUCAGACAAGACAAUGAAUUCGAAAGAAACUGUUUCUUUUCUCCUGCCCAGUGCCUGCUUGGAAACUUCCCAAAAAGCUCAAACCUUCAACCCGUUCUACGAGUGUUCGAAGAAACUUCGUUGGACACAAUCUACUCAAAGCUAUUGAUCACCAGCAACCGGCCUGCUUUUUUCGGCUCCAGGAAAUAG